UUCUCUCCAAUCCAUCUUCAACCUCUCUCUCUCUCUCUCUUCAUCGCCCCUUUUCCCCCCUACGCUUAUAGCCCCAAUCACCUCAGAUUCUCCAUCAAACUAAAAUGUAUGCUCGAGAAAAACUAUGCAGAAAUCAAUCCCAAAAGUCCAGAAAAAACGACAAAAAUCCGCCCUCUUUCUCCUCCACUCUCCUCGACGAAAUCUACCGCUCAAUCGACGCCAAUGCCGACAAAUCCGACGGUUACAGAGAAGCUGCGAGAACAUCCCUCGUCGAGAAAUGGAUGGAGAAGGAGAGAGCCGCCGCCGCCGCCGCCGCAGUGAGAAGAAAAAAUCAAGAAGCCGUCACGCACGAAAACGACGUCGUUUUCUUCAGCUCCACGUCGUCGUCUUCCGACAGCUCUGGCGCCCUCUCCUCCUCCGACACCGAGUUUUUCGCCUCGGCCACCAGGUCCAAGACGAGGCUCUCCUGCUUCACGACCCGCCCGAAACCGCUCCGGACCGGAACCCGGUCCGAAUCGGGUCGAACCGGACCGGUCGAGGAUGACUUGAUCAAGUCGAAAUCGAGGGCAUUGAAGAUUUAUGCCAAUUUGAAGAAAGUUAAGCAGCCGAUUUCCCCCGGUGGGAGGCUCACUAGCUUUAUUAAUUCGCUCUUUAGCAAUGCCGGUGGGAAGAAGAUCGAAUCCCAAGACGAUAAGUCGUGCUCGUCGGCGUCGGCGUCGGCGUACUCGCGGUCGUGUUUGAGCAAGUACUCGGGGAAGACGAGGGACGGGGAGCGGAGAAGAGUGAGGUUUGAACCGGUCAACGAAGAAAUCGUUGACCGGUACAGAAAUUUGGGUAGUGGGGACUCGGGCCGGUUCGGGCGGCCUCCACUACCCCCGGUCGAGUUGAAGGUGGGUAAGAAGGCCGAGUUUAUUGCAAAAAGACAAAAUAGUAAAAGAGUUGAUGUUUUGUAUAACGACGAUGAAGAGGACUGUCUUAGUGAUUCGAGUUCAGACUUGUUUGAGCUCGACCACCUAGCGUUUUUCGGGAGUAAUAGGUAUAGCGAGGAGCUGCCUGUGUACGAGACUACUCAUUUCGAUACAAAUUGCGCUAUUGCUAGUCGUCUCUCUAGAUGAUUAAGUUCAUUAGGGAUGAAAUAAGAUGUUAUGGUGUUUUUUUAUUUAAUUUUAUAGUUUUUGGGACUAAUUAGUUGUACAUUGUCUUUUUUGCUUAUGCUUUUUGAUCAUACCAUAUUA